AUGGAUAUCACCAGCUACCUCGUCCUUCAUACCUCCUACUACACGGCUAGCCAGAUGAAAGCGUAUAAAAGCCUGGAAGCUUUCAACUACUUCGUGUGUGGAUGGGUGAAUGACCUCGGCACCAAAGAGGCAUUAAACAAAUGUCGCCUUGUUUUUGCCCGGGUCAACCAUUCCCAGAGGUCUGGAGAAACACCAUUAAAAACGUGGAUUGUAGCUAAAGAAGAUGGAGAGGUUGUUACAGCACACUGUAACUGUAUGGCUGGUUUGUCAGAAUCCUGCUCACAUGUUGGAGCAGUUCUGUUUGCAAUCGAAGCAGGUGUGAAGAUGAGAGAGACUGCAUCCUGCACCACUGAGAAGUGCAAGUGGCUAAUGCCAUCACAUGUCAAAAAGAUUCCUGCUGCUCCAGUUGCGAUGAUAGACUUUUCAUCCGCAAAAUCCAAAAGCAAAAACUGGAUGAUGCCAUUGCUGGAAGGACAGGACACCAGAGAUGCUACAGCUAUCCCCAACAGAGUUGCAGAAUGCAUGCCAGGACUUCAGACAGGAAGAGCUGACACAGCCACAGGUCCAGGCAGUAGAGGAGGAGACCAGAAACCAGAGCUUAUCAGCAAUAUGGUUUAG